AAGAGAACAAUUGGAGUCAAAGCAAUGGAUAAUAUGUUACAGAGAAUUAAAAAUCAGCACAAAACCAGCCUGAAAAAUAAGUAUGAGAGAUUAUUUGAAGGAAUCGAAGUAAAAGAGACUGGAACCCACCUGAACCGGAUCUACACCCAGCUGUACAUCAUAGAGGGAGAGAGUGAAGGAGUGAAUGAAGAACAUGAGGUUUUACAGAUGGAGAAAACAGCCAGAACAAAACACUCCCAACACACUCCAAUCUACUGCAAUGACAUCUUUAAAGAGGAGAAAGAGCAAAUCAAGACUGUUCUUACUAAAGGCAUCGCUGGAAUCGGAAAAACCGUCUCUGUGCAAAAGUUCAUUCUGGACUGGGCCGAGGGAAAAGCCAAUCAGGAUGUAGAUUUCAUGUUUGUGCUUCCAUUUCGAGAGCUGAACUUGAUCAGAGAUCAUCAGUACAGUCUUCACACACUUCUGCUGGACUUUCAUCCUGAACUUGAAGAUCUGGAGCCCAAGAUUUAUGAGGAGUGUAAAGUUGUGUUCAUCUUUGAUGGUCUGGAUGAAAGCAGAAUCACACUGAUGUUUUCAGACGCUCAGAAAGUUUGUGAUGUGACUGAGACUUCAUCAGUGGCUGUGUUGAUGUCAAAGCUGAUGAAAGGAGAGCUGCUUCCCUCUGCUCUCAUCUGGAUCACCUCCAGACCAGCAGCAGCCAAUCAGAUCCCCUCCAAAUACAUCAAGCGUCUGACAGAAAUUCAGGGAUUCACUGAGCCUCAGAAGGAGGAAUAUUUCAGGAAGAGAAUCAGUGAGCAGCAUCAAGCCAGCAGAAUCAUCUCACACAUCAGAAGAGCAAGAAGCCUCCACAUCAUGUGCCACAUACCCGUCUUCUGCUGGAUCUCAUCCACUGUGCUUCAGAAGCUCCUGGAAGAAGAUCUGAGUGCAGAAAUCCCUCAAACUCUGACUGAAAUGUACAUCCACUUCCUGCUGAUUCAGAUCAACAUGAGGAAUCAGAAGUAUGAAGAGAGAGAUCCAGAGAAACUCCUGCAGUCCAACAGAGAAGUGAUUGUCAAACUUGCUGAAGUGGCUUUCAGACAGCUGAUGAAGGGCAAUGUGAUGUUCUAUGAGGAGGACCUGAUUGAGAGCGGCGUAGACGUCUCUGACGCCUCAGUGUAUUCUGGGAUUUGCACUGAGAUCUUUAAGGAGGAAUCUGUGAUUCACCAGAGGAAAGUCUACAGCUUCAUCCAUCUGAGCUUCCAGGAGUUCCUCGCUGCUUUCCAUGUGUUUUACUACCACAUAACCUGCUCCACAGAGGCAAGUUUAGAUUCACUGCAUGAUUUGCAGAAAAGAAUUAUAAAUAAAUCCAUUGAGAGUGAGAACGGGCAUCUGGGUCUGUUCCUGCGGUUCCUGCUGGGCGUCUCACUGGAGUCCAAUCAGAGACUCUUCCAGGAUCUACUGACACACACAGAGAAGAGCUCAGAGAGCAUCAGGAGAAGCACACAGUACAUUAAAGAGAAGAUCAGAGAUGGACAUGGACUCUCCACUGAAAGAUCCAUCAAUCUGUUCCUCUGUCUGCUGGAAGUGAAAGAUCAGACUCUGUCCAGAGAGAUUCAGGAGUUUGUGAAAUCAGACAAACAGUCAGAGAAGAAACUCUCUCCUGCUCACUGCUCAACAAUCGCCUACAUGCUUCAGAUGUCAGAGGAGGUGCUGGAUGAGCUGGAGCUCCAGAAAUACAACACAUCAGAUGAGGGCAGAAGAAGACUGAUACCAGCCGUCAGCAACUGCACAAGAGCUCUUCUUGCUGGCUGUAAUCUCUCUGCUCAGGAUUGUGAAAUUGUGUCGUCAGUUCUUCAAUCCUCAAACUGUGUCCUGAGAGAGCUGGACCUGAGUAACAAUGACCUGCAGGAUUCAGGAGUGAAGCUGCUCUCUGAUGGACUGAAGAGUCCAAACUGUCAGCUGGAGAUACUGAGGUUGUCUGGCUGUAUGGUGACAGAGGAAGGCUGUGGUUUUCUAUCUUCAGCUCUGAGUUCAAACCCCUCACACCUGAGAGAGCUGGAUCUGAGCUACAAUCACCCAGGACAAUCAGGAGUCCAGCUGCUCCAACACACACUGCAGAAACUCAAUUUGGAUCAUGGAGGACAUUUUAGGAUCACACCAGGCCUAAGAAAAUAUGCCUGUGUUCUCACUCUGGAUCCAAACACAGCACACACUCAUCUUGUUCUGUCUGAAAAGAACAGAGAGGCCAGAAAUGUGACAGAUCCUCAGCCGUAUCCUGAUCAUCCAGAGAGAUUUAAGAUCAAUGAGCAGGUUCUGUGUAGAGAGCCUCUGACUGGACGCUGUUACUGGGAAGUGAAAUGGAGCGGCUCUGGUCAUAUUGGGGUGGCUUAUAAAGCCAUCGACAGGAAAAGUGGGCUUGACUCUUGGUUUGGGCUCAAUGAAAACUCUUGGAGUCUGUACAGCUGUGAUACGAUUUACACAGUCUGGCACAAUAAUAAGAGCGCUGAUAUUAUUGCUCCUUCAGCUUGUACCAAUAGAGUAGGAGUGUAUGUGGAUGUGCCAUCUGGCUCUCUGUCUUUUUACAGUGUCUCUGACACAAACACACUCACACACAUACACACAUUCAACACCACAUUCACUAAAGAGCUCUAUACAGGAUUUGGGAUUUAUCCUGAAGCUUCAGUGUCUCUGUGUCAGAUUUAACAAACACUUCAAAGCAAUUCAGAGACAUACAACAUAUAAAAAAAGGUCAAUAUUUCACCUGUUAUUAACAUUCUGAUAUGCACGCAAGGUCCAAAAACACCUUCAUUGUCUUAUAACAUGCUUUUACUGUUAUCUAAUUAUACAGAUGACUCUCAGUUGAUUUGUUCAGCGAUUCAUUUAUUUUUUUCCAUGAUGCUAAUCUGCGGUGAUUGGUUCAUUGACUCAAUGAGUCUGUUGUGAUUGGUCCACCACAGUUUAUCAGCAGGCAUAUGUGUGAGGCCAAUGCAGGAAAUCAUUAAAGCAAUGCAGUUAAACACCAGCAUAUUGCUCUUAACAUAACCCCAAGUAAUGACAAUAACAUUCAUUCAGUAUUGAUCCAUACUGCUGCAAAAGUUGAACUAUUUUGAAAAUUGCGCAGCUGAGGUGUGUUCUUGGCAAGGAUCAAACCGUUGAAAUGAAAGUUAAAUCGGUGCUUUCUGUGUCUGGUGUUUAAGAACAGUUGAUGAAGGACAAAGACAAACGGCAAAGGAUCUCGAGCACAGAACCGGGUUUAAACUAGCGGCUACACACUUUGUAUGUUUCAUGUGGUUUUAGAUGUGAUAUGUGAAUAGCCCCUUAAAGAGUUAACUAGAGAGAUAUAAUAACAAAGAGGCAACUGUUAAAUUCACAUUUACAGGUUGUGAUCCAGACGAUGAAACGGGUCAAUGUAAACUGUGUACUGACAGUGCCAUACAUUGGUAGUUUUUGGUGCUGAUUCUUUUUUUAAUAAAAAAGCUUGCUU